CCACGGGCUUCUAAACCCUGUUUAAACGACUCCUCUCGCGGUUGGCUCUUGGAGACUGAUAUCAAAGUUUGAGUAGUGUGUGUGAGAGUGAGAGGCAUGUGAAGAUUUUCUGCUAUAUUGUGUGUGCGUGUGGGAUGCGCAUGAAGAGAGUCGAUUUAUAAGAGUGCCAUCGUCUAAAGAAGAUCUUUCCUUCCCCAUAUUUAAGAACAGUGAGAACUAAACUAAAUUGGUGGUGGCUCGAAUUGGUGGACUUUAUUCUAUGAGAUGUAUAGUCAUCUGAUGCUAGAUUGUUUGCUUCGGUGAUGGCUAUUGUUCCUUCUGGUCAAAUUAGACCUCUAAUUAACAUAGAAGAGGAUACCUCAGGACUAGAGGCAGCAAGUGAUGGCCCUUUCAAGAAAACCCGUGCACUGAGUGACAUCACUAACAGCCUAAUUAACAAUGAUUCUGGAAGAAAAAAAGAAAAUUUGUCUAAGAACUGGGAUUCUCCUGUUAUAAAUGACGAUUUACUACAUGUUGGUGACGGCCAUAUUGGCAAGCAACAAAAUGGGUCUGUUAAAUUCAUUGAAUCUUUGGAUGAUAAGGAGAGCGGUCUCAAAAGAAAAUGUCAAGCAAUCCUUUCAUCCAAGGAAAAUGAGGUUAGGAAUGCAUUGGACAAUAUAAAGGGAGGUGAAUCAGUUAUCAUUUUCACCCAAAAAGAUAAAGGCAAAGCUCCAGCAAGUAUGGUUGAAGUGAAUUUGCAGAGUUCUUCUUCAAGUGGAGGAUCAACACCAUCUGAGCUGUCUAAUUCUGUCCGUGCCAAAUUGCCUCAAGCUGUUAAAGAUCACACUCAUGUUGAUAAGGAUGCUCCAUUUAACGCUUCCUUGAAUGCCAAUAAUGAAGCUGAAGUUGAAGGGUGCACUUGUUCUUACUGUAUAAAAGUGACAAAUCUUUUAUUGGAUCUUCAUUACCAAGAUGCCAUAGGUCGUCUGGCUGCUUUGAAGAAGAGCAAGAAGGAUGUUAGGGCAUUGAUAUCAAGGGAUUUUAACCAUGAUUCAACAGUAAACAAUCACUUCCUGCAUUCUGUGGCCAUUCCUCAAAGUGCCAAGGCAGAUCCACGAGCACUGGAGUGUACUCUUAUGCAUCAGUGGAAAUCUCUUUUUCUGAGAACAGAGAAUGCUCUUGGUCAUGAAAGCUCUCAGCUUCAAACCAGUCUUCGCAAGCUUAAUGAACUGAGAGCCAGUUACAAGAAUGAACUUGGGGAUGAAUUAAGGGAUCUUGUUUGAUAAAUCGUAGGGGGCUUGAUCAGAUGAUGAAUUGGCAUGAUUUUGAGGUAUGCCAUCGCAUGUCAGCCAAUAGCACAUUGCUCAGACUCAAGGCUGUAAACCAGGCACCUGAGAACUCCGAUUUGCUUCCUAUGGUCAUGAUGCAUUGCAUAUUUGAGCAUAUGUAUAUUAAUGGAGAUCAUGUUGUGAUGAUUUUUUAUGAGUUUGUUGAUGUAUAAUUUUGUCUUGUAAGUGUGAGUGGUGCUGAAUUUUCAAAUGCACAUUGUACAUGUGUAGUUUGUUGAUUUCCUUUAUGGCUUGUUUUGUUCAUGUGUAAGGAACCUUAAUUGCGUUGUAUCUUCUCAUUUGAGUGUAUUUAGAAGUCAAUAGCUCAUUGUAGUUACAGUGACCUUUGCUUAAUUUGAUUUUGGAAGUUGUAUUUUCAAGUGUAUUAAAAAAAUUCAAGGUGUAUUGACUUGUA